GGCUCCUGGAAGUUGAGAGAGUAGCGACGCGAAGGUGGUAGCUGCCGCUGCGACCGCCGCGGGAUAAUAAGCCGGGUAGAGUUGCUGAGGAUCUGCCAUACUUAUUGAUUAACUAUGGAAGAUUAUACCAAAAUAGAGAAAAUUGGAGAGGGUACCUAUGGAGUUGUGUAUAAGGGUAGACACAAAACUACAGGUCAAGUGGUAGCCAUGAAGAAAAUCAGACUAGAAAGUGAAGAGGAAGGGGUUCCUAGCACUGCAAUUCGGGAAAUUUCUCUAUUAAAAGAACUUCGUCAUCCAAAUAUAGUCAGUCUUCAAGAUGUGCUUAUGCAAGAUUCCAGGUUAUACCUCAUCUUCGAAUUUCUUUCCAUGGACCUCAAGAAAUAUUUGGAUUCUAUUCCUCCUGGUCAGUUCAUGGAUUCUUCACUUGUUAAGAGUUAUUUAUACCAAAUCCUCCAGGGGAUUGUGUUUUGUCACUCUAGAAGAGUUCUUCACCGAGACUUAAAACCUCAAAAUCUCCUAAUUGAUGACAAAGGAACAAUUAAACUGGCUGAUUUUGGCCUCGCCAGAGCUUUUGGAAUACCUAUUCGGGUAUAUACACAUGAGGUAGUAACACUCUGGUACAGAUCCCCAGAAGUAUUGCUGGGGUCAGCUCGUUACUCAACUCCAGUUGACAUUUGGAGUAUAGGCACCAUAUUUGCAGAAUUAGCAACUAAGAAACCACUUUUCCAUGGUGACUCAGAAAUUGAUCAACUCUUCAGGAUUUUCAGAGCUUUGGGCACUCCCAAUAAUGAAGUGUGGCCAGAAGUAGAAUCUUUACAGGACUAUAAGAAUACAUUUCCCAAGUGGAAACCAGGAAGUCUAGCAUCCCAUGUCAAAAACUUGGAUGAAAAUGGCUUAGAUUUGCUCUUGAAAAUGUUAGUCUAUGAUCCUGCCAAACGAAUUUCUGGCAAAAUGGCAUUGAAUCAUCCAUAUUUUAAUGAUUUGGACAAUCAGAUUAAGAAGAUGUAACUUUCUGACAAAAAGUUUCCACGUUCCAGAUAGCUGUAUUUUUUACUGUUAACUCUAUUUUUGUCUUGUAUAUUUUACUUUUCUUUGUUGUAAAACUUAUGCUGUACUUCAUCUUCUAAUUUCGAAAAUAUAACUUAAAAAUGUAAAAA